AUGAAUUUACCUGUGUGCAUGGAUGCUUUUCAUCAAAAGAUCCUUGAGCGAAGACUUCGAAGCCAGGACACUGACCUGCAGAUAAUGAUGGAAACUGAUGGCUUCACAGCAAAACUAGAAGAAAACAGUGCUAAAGAGAGCUCUCAGGAUGAUGAGGGAAGCAAAGAAAGUAAAAAUGCCAAAGCAGAACUGAGCACGAGGGAAGUAGUCAAUGUAGUCGCUCCAUCUUCAGUAAUCGAAGAAAAUAAAUUAGAUGAAAACCAGAAAAUCGAUGAAAGGAAUGAAACUCACGCUGCAUUAUCAAACUGUAACGAUCAGGUUGCUGCUGCUGGUAAUGCUUCACAAAAUACAUUUAAUCUGAACCUUGAGGAAUCCUACAAUCAUUCAUAUGAAGAACAAAACCUUUUGCCAGUCUCAUGCAAUGAGACAAAAGAUGAUCGUUCAGAAAAUAUUGAGGGUUCCAGUAUCAUCCCAGAUUCUUCUUCAGCUCUAAAGACCACUGAAAAUAUAGACAUAGAAAAGGCCAUUGUAGGACAAGAUGGCAAUGCCAGAAAUGCUGAUGACUUCUUAAAGGAAAAUCUUGACACUCAGAAAGCAACAUUGGAAUCAAAGACAGAACAUGAAAACAGAAUGGAAGACUUGGACAUCAACAGUUUGAACAGCAUGACAGAAAAGGCGAUGCAGAAUCUAGAAUCAGUUGAGCCUAGCAAAGAACCCCCUUCUACAUCGGAACCAGUGAUUGAGCUCAAAAACAAAAGAAGCCCUGAAAGUACUAUCACCACAGUGGUAAAUGAUGGCAUCAAGGCUAUGGAGGAAAGGAAUAAGCUGAUUGGAGAAGUACUUAUCUCCCAACACUCUCUUGAUGGUACAGUAGAUACAAAUGAUGAUGGAAGCGAACACGGAGCAGAUGGCAAGCAACAUAUUGACUUGAUACAGCAUUUCAAAAACAAACCAAUUAUCAUGCUUCAGGAAGUCGUGAAAGUUUAUCAAAAUGACAAAACCACCGAACAAGAAGAAAAAGUAAUUGAGCAAGAUUUUGAAAGCAGACAAAGAGAAGCAAGUUGUGAAAAGAAAAUCCAAUUGGGGACUGAUGACACAAUUGAUAGAACACCAGAUUGUGACCAGAUCAUAACAGGUGGCAGUUUGUCUGAAGAGGUGCAGCAAGAGAAUGAGAACACUGAUAGUGAAGGGAAAAUUAAAGAACGAAUUGAGGAAGAAGGUUGCCCUGAGGAUGUUCAGAUGAUAGCUGUGGCUGAUGCAGCAAUGCAUGAGGAAAAGGGCGUAGACUGCUCUAUAAAGAAUCUUCUUUCGGAUGAUAGUAAAGAAAAAAUUACUCCAGACAUUGCCGAAGGUCUCAAUCAGAAGCAAGAAAAAUCAUCUGUCACAGAAGUGCCAGAAGAUGAGAAACUCGUAAAUAUUACCAGCUUGGCAUCCAUAGCAAGAGAGGAGAAUUGUGAGUACGAAGUUUUUCACGAGCCAACUAGUUUCCAUGACAAGACUGAUACCGAGGAUGUGCAAGUGCUAGAUGACUCCAUCAUAUUUUCAUCGAAGGCGAAUCCAGUACAAGUAGAUCCAGAAGAAGGCACAGAGCUGCUGGUUCCAUGUGGACAAAGAGAGGAACCAAUGCAACAGGACCUAAUAACUGCACUGAAGGAAAUUGAAGAACAACCACGAAAUGCUUGUGAGGCUGGUUAUAAGGGGAAAAUGACCCUAGACAUUGACAAAGAUCUCAAUAUGAGGCAAGAAGAAUUCUCUGUUACAAAAGAGUCAGAGGACGAGAAACUAGCAAAUAUAACCAGCUUGGCAUCUGUAGCAACAGAGGAAAAUAGUGAUUACAAAGUAGUCCACGAUCCAAGUAGUUUUCAUGACAAGACUGAUACUGAGGUUGUGAAAGUGCUAGAUGACUCAAUCACAUUUUCAUUGAAGGAUAUUCCAGGACCAGUAGAUCCAGAAGAAAGCACAGAACUCCAGGUUUUAUGUGGAGAAAAAUUGGAAUCAAUACAACAUGUCCCAAUAACUGUUCUAGAGGAAAUUGAAGAAGAUCAACCACGAAAUACUUCUGAGGCUGUCUCUAAAGAAAACAUGACUCUAGACAUUGACGAAGAUCUCAAUAGAGAGCAAGAAGAAUUAUAUGUUACAAAAGAGUCAGAAGAUGAGAAACUCGCAAACAUUACCAACUUGGCAUUUGUAACAGAGAAGAGCAGCAAUCAAAUAAUUGUUCCUGAGUCAAGUAGUUUCCAUGACAAGACUGAUGCUGAGGAUGUGCAAGGGCUAGAUGAAGCCAUCACAAUUUCAUCAAAGGAGAAUAUUGUACAAGUAGAUCCAGGAGAAAGCGCAGAACUCAAGGUUCCAUGUGGAGAAAAAGUGGAAUCAACACAACAGGACCCAAUAACUGUUCUGGAGGAAAUUGAAGAAGGAGAAGAACUAAAUACUUCUGAGGCUGUCUCUAAAGGAAAAAUGACUCUAGACAUUGACGAAGAUCUCAAUCGGAAGCAAGAAGAAUUAUCUGUUAUGUCAGAAGAUGAGAAACUCGCAUAUAUUACCAGCUUGGCAUCUGUAGCAACAGAGGAGAACGGUGAUCACAAAAUUGUACCUGAGCCAAGUAGUUUCCAUGAAAAGACUGAUGCUGAGGAUGUGCAAGUGCUAGAUGACGUAUCAUCAAAGGAGAAUAUGGUACGAGUACAUCCAGAAGAAAGCACAGAACUCCAGGUUCCACGUGGAGAAAAAGUGGAAUCAAUGCAACCAGACCCAAUAACUGUUCUGGAGGAAAUUGAAGAAGAACAACCACGAAAUACUUCUGAGGCUGUCCCUGAAGAAAACAAGACUCUAGACAUUCAUGAAAAUCUCGACCAGGAGUUAGAAGAAUUAUCUGAUACGAAAGUGUCAGAAGAUGAGAAACUCGUAAACAUUACCAACUUGGCAUCUGAAGCAACAGAGGAGAAUGGUGAUUACAAAAUUGUUCCUGAGACAAGUAGUUUCCAUAACAAGACUGAUGUUGAGGAUGUGCAAGUGCUAGACGAUGCUGUCACAAUUUCUUCAAAAGAGAAUAUAGUACAAUUAGAUCCAAAAGAAAGCACAGAACUCCAGGUUCCACAUGGAGAAAAAGUGGAAUCAAUGCAACAGGACCCAAUAACCGUUCUGGAGGAAAUUGAAGAACAACAACGAAUAAACAAUCAAGAAAAGGGUCAUGAGUUAGAUGAUGUAUAUGUAGAGACUGAAAGGGAAGUAUUAAGUGAAGAGGUUAAAAUCUCUGGGGUAGCAUUUCUAAAGCAUGGUGAGGACAGAACAGGAGCUAAUGAGGAUACAGGGCUACAAAAUAAAAACUUCAAUUUUUCUCCUAAGGGAGAUGCAGCUGCAGGAGAAUUGCUGGAUAAUGAAAAUAUAAUAUCUGAAGCAGCACCUACAAAGUUGAUCCGUGAAACCAUAGAAGAUAACAAAGAAAUUAUUAUGAAAGAGAAAGAGAGUAUUGAAAGAAAAGAUGAGAAGCCGUCCAUAACUGAAUCUUUAGGAGAUGGAGAAAUUGAGGAAAGGCAGAACAAAAACCAGCAUGAAUCUGAAACAGAUGAGCAACUGAACGAUGAAGUUUGCAUAUCCAACAGAGUGCAAGAAAAUGACGAGGAACAAGUAGUGCUUUUAGCAGGAGAAGGAGAGGUUAUAGCGGAUGAAGCUGAUAGUUGUAGCAGACAAAUUAAAGAUGGAAAUGAGAAGCCUGAUUUUUCAUCUCACAGCACGGAUCCAUCCGAAAUAUCACAUAGCAAUGGGGCCUUGGGUAUUGCAAAAGAUAAUGAAAACUCCACAGAUUUAAGAAUGCUAGAGAAAAUCUUUACUGGCACAACCGAAAGUGAGAUUUCUGAAUUGACGUGUCCAAAUGAAAGUGAAGAAACCAUAACGUCCCCAGGCAGCAAAGACAUACAAUCAAUGGAACAGGUCUCUGAAACAAUAGCAGUUGAUGCUGAAAUGCAUGAUUCAAAUGCCGGAACUGCUUCCAGUGAUGUACAAGAAGCAACAGGAGUGAAGAGUAGAGAAGAGGAAAAGGAAGAGGAUGAUUACAAAAAAAUGAAAGAGACCUCCACAUCCACGGAGUGUGCCAUUCCAACAUCAAAAAUCAAGCAGGGAUAUGCAGUAGAAACCCUGGUAGUAGUUGAAGAUCAAGAAACUGAAGAUAAACUAGUCGAACUUCAUCACUUUCCUCAUCUACACCACAUCCAGGAUUCUGAAGGAAAAACAGAGGAAGAUGGCCCUGUGGAUCUUCAAAGAGCCAGAAAUAUAACCGAGGAUAUGCAAGAGUUGGAUGAAAGAUCCAUUGCACUAUCGAAUAAAGAGAAUCUUGCAGAGACAGAUCCAAAUGAAAGCAAAGAACAUGAGGUUUCAAGUCGAGGAAAAGGGCUUGCAUUAAUUCAACAGGACCCAGUGCCAGCAACUUUCCAGGAGGAAAUAGAUGACCAGCAACCAGGAAAUUCUUCAGAGGCUGUCUCAGAAGUUAAAGAUGCAAUUUGUGAGGAAGAAAAAGUAACCAUCACUAAUUGCAACGAAUUUACAGAAAAUAACAGCUGCGUGACAUCAGAUAAGGUCUCACCAUCCAAUAUGCUUCAGGGUUCUGCAAGUGAGGCAGCACAAGGCACGAAAGAUAAAAAUACUCCAACUCAAUGCCACGAGCUUCCGCUUUCAUCGGAUAUCAAAUCUUCAGACAUGGAAAGAACACAGAUGGAUGUUGAAUCGUGGNUUCUUUUUUGA